GCGAGCGCAGAAGAAGAAACUCAGCGUCAACACGAGAGAAGAAAUCGAUCAGUUUCUCGCUGAAUCGUUUCUGGACUCGAAUCUUUUCUGGAUUCUUGGAGCUCGGAGAGUUUUGGGUUUUGAGGUCUGAGGUUUUUUACUUUGAAGGAACGAGAGGAAGUUAAGAUGCUGAACGUUUUAAUUGCAGCCGACGCUUCUGAACCUGAAAUCUCUUUUACUCUGAAAUGUGUCUGAGCUUUUAUUGUGAAAGAUGGACAUUUUUAAGAUGUUUUCUAAAAGCACAUCUUGCUGAUACUAGUUUGUGAUUGUUCAGUGCUUUUAUUGUGAAAAGCUGAUAUUUUUGGAGAUUUACUUUGAAGCUGUUAAAGACUUUGAUGAAUGCAUUUGGAAGAAAGGACAGAAACUUCUGGACUGAUGGAUUUUCAAAGGACUGAUGGAUUUUUUUACUUUUAUUUUUGAAUUACUAAGAGGGAUUUUGAAGGAUGAACUAAACACUAUUUCUUUACAGAUUAAGAAAAUAACUUUUUUCCUGUUGAGACAUUUAUUGUAAAGAAAACACAUUUCAUGAUGAAGGGUCGGAGGAGUGUUGGGAUUCGUCUUUGAUCUGUUGUGAGGGCGGACCCCAUCACCAAACAGCAAAUCACCUCUCAGGACAGAAUGAUUUCGUAUGUGGAGUGUCUGAGUGGCGAGGGGGCGGGGCCUGGUGUGGGGUCGCGCUGUUGGAACGCGGGUCCUGAUGAAGAGCUAGAUGAGCUUCUUCCUCGCAAGAUGGCCGCCCUGCAACCAAAAACAGAGGGCAGCCUGCGGCGCCGCCUGCUCAGCGCCAAACUCCACCAGCAUCACGACGCCAUCUGGCGGCUGAAUGCAGGUGGCGUCGCCGGCAGGCCGGGGUCCCCUACAGGUGACCAGAAGCACCACCCACCCCAACUUAUCUACUCAGGCAACGGCCCCUGGUUCCACCCCCAGCACCUCCCAGCACACCCCCACAUCCACCCUUCCUUUACCCCAGAGGCUCAUGGGAAACUAUUCCUUACUCCAGAGAUUUAUGGAAAACCCCACCCACAGACCGUACCCCUUCAGUUGCAGCGCCCUACGUGCCCCAUCCUCACCCAGCGGUGCCGAACAAGCUCAUGUCCCCCCACGCCUGAACCCCGCCCCGGCUACACCAUGUCCGUCCCCUACCCUCACAGCGCCCUGCCCCCCUUCAGGGAACCAGAGGUGCCGCCACAGUACCAAUAUCAGCCCAGCAGGAGGCGCAGGACCAACUUCUUCUGCUUCAGACGGCGCCAAGGGAGGAGCUCCAGGCUGGAAGCCACCCAAACCACGCCCCUUCUACACAGAGCAGGGGACAGGGACAGUAAGUGGUCGGUUCACUACACUACCCAGAAGCCUCAGCAGGGUCUGGUCUUCAUCCCGGGGAAGAGACGCUCGGGCAGCGUGGACGACCUGCGAGUGUGUAACAGGCUGACUCAGCAUGGCUACAGUGGACACGCCAGCUCACACUGCCGCCAGCAGAGCCCCGCCUCCCCUCCGUCCUCUGCUGGCCUGGACCAAUCAGAGGGCAGCAGGCGCCGAGGGUGGAAGGACAAAAGCAGGAAGAUGAGAUCCAGAUUCUUGGACUUCCUCUCUCAGUCUUGUUUUUCAGUUUGUUUCAGGUUUUCAGUUCGGAGGAGAAAGUCGUCGACGUCAUCAGAAGAAGACGAGAGGUUGAUCCUGAACAACACUCGACCUCUGACCCCGCUGGUCCUGAACCCCGUCACCUCUCGCUGGGACGUCUUCUCCCCCGACCACGAGCCCACAACCUAUUUCGAGAUGGAAGCGUCCUCUCGGCUUCCGACGCCGGAGGAGAGGAUGAGGCAGCAGGCGGACGCCAUUCCCGCUGAUAUCGUGGCCAUUAAUAUAACAGGUGAGAGUUUUGAUCGUCAGGCCAGUUUUCGACGAACCGUCUCCAACUGCGACUCGUUAUCCCACCGACCCCGAAGCCUGAGCCGCCGCAAGUCUGCGACAGGGAUACCUGAUGAUGUCAGCAAUAACCUGGACUCGUCUUUGGCGUCCUCUGAUCUCCCUGGUCAGCUCUCUCCCUCUGCGUCCUCCUGUGGCUCCGCCCACGAGCAGGAGGAGGAGCUGGAGGAAAUCAGGAAGGAUUCAACAGUGCGAAGGAUCCGGGCCCCGAGAGGAGCGGGGUUGUCCAGCCUCAUGGCCUCCCUCACCUCCUCCCCCUCACCAGGGCCUCUCCCCAGUCUGGCAACCAACUCCUCUCUGAGCUCUGAGGCCAGCUGUAACAGCGCCUCCUGCAGGACGCUCAGUGCCUCCUCGUCUUGCUGCCAGGACCUACAGGGUUUCCCCAGCGACCAGCAGCCUCUGCUGCCCUUUGACCCCCCAGCCAGAGUCGUCCCACUGUCCACCUCCUCCCCCGUCUCCUCCUCUCUUCCCAGCUCUCCCAGCCAUCCCCUGGCCCCAGAGUGGUCGUACCCCAGCGCCGAGCCGCUGAACGAGGCUCCUCAUGUCUCUCCUUCCUCCUCCCACUACCUCUCCUCCUCCUCCAUUACAAACUCAGAGUUCAGUUACUUGGCUCUGGACGAGCAGGGCGACCCACACUCCUCCUGUGAUGGUGGUUCGUACAGGGGGAACCGAUGGAGCUACCAGCCGCUCUCCCCCAGCUCCAGCCUCCUCAGUGGUCAGACCGGGGACGAGUGGGCCGACGUCAGCCAGGAGACGAGAUGUGUUUCUGGGGAAGGUUGGAGCUGUGACCCCCUCCUCUCCUCUGGUCGCUCGUCUCCAGCGUGUUCAGAGAGAACAACGUCCUCGCCGCUGUUAAACUGCGAGAAAAGAAGGUCCAGCACUUCCUCCUCCAACUCUCGCUCCAUCACCCGCAGCAUCUCCCUCCGCAAGUCCAAGCUCCCGCCUCCCCCGCCAUUUCGUUAUGACUCCCUGCGGCGCCGGCCGUGUCGUAGUAAAUCCUCCCGCUCCUUGUCCAGUCCUCGCCAGCAGUGCGGCCCCCAGAGCCCGGAGCACGCCCCCCAGAGGACGCCCACCUCGUCCCCAAAGAGCUUCCAUGACCCCUGGGUUCCCCGGACUCACACCAGAAGGCGUCAGAGCGGUCUGAGCUGCGGGACGGUCACGACCUUGCGCCUCGCGUCGCCCUCUAGUGGAUACUCCAGCCAGUCGAACACCCCCAUACCUGCGAGUCCUGGAGCCUUUUCCCCCCCGACCUCCCCCUCCUCCUUCUUCCCCCGCUUCUCGCUGACCAGGAAGGAAGGAAAGUCAAAACCUCCCGUACCGGAGAGGAAGUCGUCGCUCAUUUCCUCCCUCUCCUCCUCCUUUUCUUCCACUUCCUCCCUCUCUUCCUACACUUCCUCUGAGUCGUCUACCAAACAUCUUCUCCUCCCUCCUCCCCCUCCUCCCCCUCCUCUCCCAGAUUCCUCCUCUCUUUCACCUUCUCUCGUCUUCUCCCCGAUUCGUCAUUCUUCUCCUCUCUAUCACUCCCUACCUGCUCCUCCUCCUCCACCUUCAUCUCUUCCUCCUCCUCCUCCUCCUCCUUUCCUCUUUCCUCCCGUCCUCCCCCGCCCCUACUCCUACGUUGUCCGGCAGACGCCUCAUCAAGCUCUUGUGUUCACGUCAUCGUCACCAAACUUCUCUCCUCCAUCUUGUCCCCACCCCCCCCCCCCCCCCCUCCUCCUCUUCCCACAGCCCCUGUGACCCCUCCCCCCAACAACACUUAUCAGGUCUCAGAACCGUCGUGUCAACGUGGCCACACCCACUUGUCCCCUGGUCACCGCCCAGGCUCUGCAGGGGGUCAAGCUUCGCUCCGUCAGGACCCAGGAAGCCUUGCUCAGUAGCACUGUGCUAGCCAAUGCUAACAGGUCUCAUGCUAACCAACCAAGCAAAGAACCUCCACUAGACAGGUCUGUGCUAGCCAAUGUUAACUUAGCUAGCACUGAUGUGAAGCUAGCUGAGAACGGAUCACAAAACACUGGUUAUAACCUUCGAGGUAAUGAAGACAAAACAACUAAAGACUUCACAGCUCAUGCUAAUCUUGCUAGCCUGGCGUAUGCUGAUGUUAAGCUAGCUGAGAAUGCACCACAAAAUGCUGUCUAUUAUCUUGCUAGCAAUGAUGCUAAAACACCCAGUGCAUUAAUGGCUAAUGCUAGCACUCCUAGCCAAGCGAACACUCAAUCAGAUCACGAUAACUGCAACCAAACAAAAACUGAGACGAUUACACUCAACAACUCAGCGUUCACUCGUCUUCAGAGCCCACAACGUUUUGUUUGUAGCACAGCAGCCAAUCAGAGAAGCUCUGGACCUCAGGCGACCACUGCUCAAGACGUCCUGACCAAUGAGAGGAGCGAUUCAGACCUGUACGCUACGCUAACUAACAAUCAAGUCCCCAGUCCUGAUAUUCCCUGGGUCAAGAUGUCUCAGGGUACCAACAAAAACCCCAUCGACUCAAUUACCCAACGUCCAACUGAUGCUAAGCUAACUGAGCCUGGAGAGAAACAAGGAAACAUUGAAGAUUCUUCUUCUCGUUCUCCGUCUCACACAGGAAACAGAACGUCAGAGAGAAAAGAUGUCGUCUGGAAUGGUUCAGACGUGUUGAACCACAGAGCAGCUGAUGGAGAUUCCUCAGAACUUCGUGAUUUACAACUGAGAAAUAACGUCUUAACGAUACGAAGCCCACAGGAGCUCCGGUCCCCGGAGAAGCCGUUGCUGCCGAAGAAGCCCGACCUUUGCAUUCUGGGUGUCAUGGCGUCUCCUGAAGCCCGACGAGGACCAGGUGGACAAAUCACCUCGUCCUAUUCUGGGCUCGAUAAACAACAACAGCAGCUUCCUAUUGGUGCAUCUUCACCAAAACUCUUUAUAUACACAACAGCUGACGGAACAACUCCUGACAAAUUGUUGACACAUACAACAAACACAGCUGCUGGUGACAUCACUGCAGGCUCACCUGACCACUCCCCUCCGAGGCAGGAACCACCGGUUCUACACGAGAAGCCAGAUGUUUCAUCGACGUCUUCCAGAACAAAACCACUUUGUGCAUCUCAGAAUAUGAAGGAGGCGUCUGAAGGAGCCUCUGAGGCCUGUGGCGCUCUGGAUGUCACUGGGACGUCAUGGACCCAGAGCUCCAGCCCAACGGGGGUUAUCGGCACCAGUGGCUCUAGAAACACGCUCAAUGGGACCGUGGGGACUUUGGAGGACUGUGGUACCUCAGGGACCUGGAGAAUCAUGGAGUCGUCAGGACCUCCGACCCAGACCGGAGCAACAGACCCUUGUUGUGCUUGGGUCACGAGGACGAGACUUGAUAAGGACGAGAAAACCGUUCACAAGAGGAUGAUGAGGUCGUCGCUGGCUGAAGAUGAAGAGCAGGAUCACAAGGUGGAGGAGAGAGUGAUGAAGACAACGAUGAUGAUGGCGUCCUCCACGAAGAAAAAAGUAAUGAAGAAGAGGAGGAGGAGGACAGGCGGGCAACUGCUUAUGAUGUCAUCAACAAGGGAGCCGUCCCCCUCAUCGUCUUCAUCCUCAUCAUCAUCUUCAUCCUCAUCUGGAGAUGAAGAUGUGAUGAGAGAGGGAAAAAUACAAACAAGGGAGAAAGUGUCCUGUGCUCUGAUUGGUCAGAGCAGGUACUCCCUCAGUAGCGCACUGUCCUGUGACAGCCUGCAGGGGGAGCUGUGGCUUCCAGACCUCCUGAUUCAGGAACCAGAGCUGACGAAGGAGGACGGACGACCUCAGGACGCUGAUUUGUUCGUGAGUGUUUCAGCAGAUCAGAUGUUCGUCUCUGGUCGACCACGAACCACCGAGGAUCUGUUCACCGUCAUCCACAGGUCCAAGAGGAAGAUGUUUGGAAGAAGAGAUUCAGAGGACGACACACAUUACUCCUCCUCCUCCCCCCCGGUGACCCCCACUGACCCCUCCCCCCAACCUGCAGCAUCUAGAGGUCAAAGGUCGACGAGAAGCGAGAGCUUCAAGGCGCUCUUACUGAGGAAAGGUAGUCGUUCUGAUUCAUCUUCACGAAUCUCUGCUGUCGAGCGGCUUCGCAAAGUUGCUUCUCCUGCCGCUGGUACUGACCACCAGGGGGCGCCGGCACUGCCACAAACACCACGCCAACCCCGAAGUAACCCCACAAACUCGUCACACGCCUCCGACACACAUGACGUUGACAUGGCGUCUCUCACGUCUCCGUGCACGAACUUGUCUGUGACGUUUUGUUUGAGACACAAUCCCCUCCUCUUCACCUCCUCCUCUUCCUCUUCCUUCCUCUCCUCCUCGCGACCUCGCUCCCUCACCCCUCCCUGCUCCAGCAGCCGGCGCUUCGCCGCUCGCUGCCGCCUCUUCGCCGCCCCCAUGACCGCCAUAUUUGAGGGCGGGAGCGAGGAGGAAGUUGAGGACGAUGAGGUUUUCCAAGUAGAACUGAGUCAGAGAUUGGUGCAGACUUCCUGAAAGGUUUGUAGACGCGGACGUGGAUUUGACAGGAAGUGAAUGUUGAUGAGGAUCUAAACUGUAAGGACAGGUUCAGGAUCAGCGUCCCAGUGUUCACGUGUCGAUGACCUGAGCCGGAUCUUUACAAACUGAAUGUAAAUCACAGUCUGGAGUCGACGUCACAGACCUACAGCAGCUGUCAGUGGUUCUUCUCCAUGUGUCUUCUCAUGCGUGUCGGGAUCUGGAGGAUGAAGAAGAUGAUUCAUGAAAUCCACAAAAGUUUCCUCCAGAUCAAAUCGUGAUAAAUGUUAAACGAUAAUAAUCAUGUAUUUCAAGUUUAGGAUUCAAGUAUUUCAACUGAGCAAAAAAUCAUUUCAACAGAUUCAAAUGAUGUUUGUAGAAAAAUGAAUAGAAUCGUUCAGCAGGAGCGGUUCAAGGGACUUUGGGGGCCCCGGGCUGAAGGGAGCUCAGGGGCCCGACCUGAGUUCUGACGAUGGAGCCGUUACAGUCUGUUACAGACGAUGGUAGAAGUUCAGGGUUCUCACAGAAGGACCCUUCUCUGGGGCCCCGGCUCAGUUCGGGGCCCCUGGUGGUUUCCUGUGUGUUCUGUUUACAGACAAUAUGAAAAAUAUUGACGUAGAAAUGAUUUUGCAGUAAAAUUGUCUUUAAACUUUAAACCCUCAUUAAUAUUUGAACAUAACUCUAAAAACUUAUUACAUUUGUAUUUAUGUGUAAAUAUAUAGAGAAAAGUGUCUUGAUGACAGUUUGAUGAACUGAAACAAACUAAUUCAACUUUCUAAUCUUUUUAAUAUUUAAUGUAACUCAUCAUCUGAGACUGAAGUAAAGUAGAACCAUAGAAAGAGAGAAAAUGAAGAAAAUAAUAAAAGAUGAGGAAUCAGAUUACCUGCAUGAUAAUCUGGUUUAAAUGUAUAAUUAUUAUUAUUGACAUUAUUCAGCCUGACUGACGCUCUAAUGAAUAAAGGAUCCCGUUGUAAAUACAGUUGUUCUUCUUCCCUCUCUUGAAGUAGUGGUGGGGGGCAUUAUCAUCGUCUGUGUGUGGAACGUUCAGAUUUAUUCUAUUAACUUUAAAGAUGAAAUCCCAGAGAUUAUAAAGAGAAAACGAGAAUAAAGAGGGAAACAUUUCAAUGUAAAUCAAAGAAACUGUACGAAACAAGGCAGAAAUAACAAUAAAGGACAAUUUCAAGAGUUA